ACAUGCUUUCUCUCUCUUCAGCCUCCACUCUCUCUCAUCUUCGUCUGAGCAACCCUCCAUUUAUCCAACCUUUUCCUGCCUUUAUCAUUUCCUCUCCUCUGCAGCAAAGCAGCUAGAAAACAACCCCAACAGUGAAGAGGACAGAGGGGAGAGAGAGAAGGAAGACAGAGGAAGAGAGAGAUAGCUCAAAGCUCCACCUCCCCAUGCCCAUCUAGAUCUAGCUGAACUCCUCACUUCUCCUCCACUUCUUCUUCUUCUACUUCUUCUCCUCACCUUCUUCUGAGCUGACCCAUUUACCCAUUUCCUCUGAAUCCCAACCUCCGGGUCCUCCCGAGCUCUGCCGCUUGAAGGAAAUGGCGUACUCGUUCCCGGAAGAGGUGCUGGAGCACGUGUUCUCGUUCCUCAGCUCCGAGAGGGACCGGAACGCGGUGUCCCUGGUCUGCAAGUCCUGGUACGACAUCGACCGGUGGUCCCGCCGCCGGGUCUUCAUAGGGAACUGCUAUGCCGUCAGCCCGGGCACGGUGGUCCGCCGCUUCCCGGAGGUCAGAUCCAUAGAGAUCAAGGGGAAGCCCCACUUCGCGGACUUCAACCUGGUCCCCGAGGGCUGGGGCGGAUUCGUCCUCCCCUGGAUCGCUGCCAUGGCGGGGUCCUACCCCUGGCUCGAGGAGAUCCGCCUCAAGCGGAUGGUCGUCACCGACCACUGCCUCGAGCUCAUAUCCAAGUCCUUCAAGAACUUCAAGGUCUUGGUUCUCAACUCCUGCGAGGGCUUCUCCACUGAUGGGCUUGCCGCCAUCGCUUCAAAUUGCAGGAACUUGAGGGAGCUCGAUCUGCGGGAGAGUGAAGUGGACGACCUAAGCGGGCACUGGCUCAGUCACUUUCCCGACACAUAUACGUCGCUUGUGUCCCUCAAUAUCUCCUGUCUGGCCUCUGAGGUGAGCAUCUCCGCGCUUGAGCGCCUUGUGGGUCGCUGCCCCAACCUCAGGUCCCUCCGUCUCAACCGAGCGGUCCCACUCGACCGGCUAGCUGGUCUGCUUCGCCGUGCACCGCAGCUUGUCGAGUUGGGCACUGGCACUUACACUGCAGAGCUAAGGCCUGAUGUUCUCUCGAGCUUAUCAGGGGCCUUCUCGGGUCUUAAGGAGCUGAGGAGCCUCUCAGGAUUCUGGGAUGUGGUCCCUGCUUACCUUCCUGCGGCUUACUCUGUUUGCUCUGGGAUAACAUCGUUGAACUUGAGUUACGCCACUAUUCAGAACCCCGACCUCACAAAGCUCGUCAGUCAAUGUCCCAAUUUACAACAGCUCUGGGUGCUGGACUACAUUGAAGACAGUGGACUGGAAGCCCUAGCAGCCUCCUGCAAGGACCUUCAAGAGCUAAGGGUAUUCCCGUCUGAACCAUUUGUUGCGGAGGCCAACGUCGCUUUAACUGAGCAGGGUCUUGUCUCAGUCUCGGAGGGCUGCCCUAAGCUUCACUCAGUCCUAUACUUCUGCAGGCAGAUGACCAAUGCUGCCCUAAUUUCCAUAGCCCAAAAUCGCCCCAACUUUACCAGGUUCCGUCUCUGCAUCAUUGAGCCCCGAUCCCCGGACUAUCUAACUCUUCAACCCCUUGACGUGGGCUUCGGGGCUAUUGUCGAGCAUUGCAAGGGCCUCCGUCGGCUGUCCCUCGCGGGCCUCCUUACAGACCGUGUCUUUGAGCUCAUCGGGACCCAUGCUAAAAAGCUUGAAAUGCUGUCGGUGGCUUUCGCCGGGGACAGCGAUCUGGGCCUUCACCACGUGUUAUCUGGCUGUGAGAGCCUGAGGAAGCUUGAGAUCAUGGACUGCCCUUUUGGGGACAAGGCCCUGCUGUCGAAUGUGGAGAAGCUCGAGACAAUGCGAUCCCUUUGGAUGUCCACAUGCUCGGUGAGCUUUGGGGCAUGCAGGCUCCUGGGCCGGAAGAUGCAGAGGCUUAACGUCGAGGUCAUCGAUGAGAGUGGGGACCGGCCCGAAACCAGGCCCGACAACUGCCUUGUUGAAAAGCUCUAUGUCUAUAGGUCCGUCGCUGGCCCUAGGCUUGACAAGCCCAACUAUGUCUGGUCUAUGGAGGAGGAAAGUCCCGAACUGAUUCGAUCCUAAUAUAAAGCAGGUACCAUCAUCAUAGCUCUUUGUUCUCUCAUCAUAGCUCAGGUUAUAGUAUUGCUCUCAGAUGGGAGCUGUGUCCAUCACCUUAAGUGCAGGACGAGAUUUGGGGUAACAAUGUACUAUCAUCGAUGGCAUAAUAAAAGAUAGGGCGAAGUAAUGUAGAAGACCGUGUUUCGGUUUUGUAUGCUAUAUUUGAGUCAUUUGAUUUAGCCUCAUGACUACUUCGAAUUGUAUACUAUCUGCGGAUCUCAUAAGGUGGGUGGUUUUAAUCUUAGAACCUCUGUUAUUCUUUCGUAUUAGC